AUGUUUGGAAAUCAUAAAACCAUUUUGUUGUAUGUAUCGGUUAAUAAACGAUACAUGGUUGCACAGCUGAUGUUGUGCAGUAUACCACUACCCGCCACCAUCACCCCCACCACCUAUCACCACCAUCCACCAAAACCAACACCACCAUCCACUAAAACCAACACCACCACCCACCAUCACCCACCACUACCACCCACCACUUCCACCACCUAUCACCACCACACACCUAUACCACCAACUACUACCACCCACCACCAUUACCAACACCCGCCACUACCACCUACCAACACCACCACACCCACCAUCAACACCAACCCGCCUCCACCAUGCAUCACCAACUCGCAAACCACACCACCACCCCCACCACCCACCAAAACCACCGCCACCACCAUCACCCACGCUAUCACCUCGACCACCACCAACUACCACCCGACACCAACACCCCCACCACUACCCAUUACCCAACACCACCACCCCCGCCGACCACACGUAUUGUCGAUCCAAACACCAUCGUCGACCACUUAUGGCGAUGUCGAACUCAAAUCUCACAUAACCGAGAGUCGUCAGCCACUCAUAUCGAGGACAUCCACACCACGACGCACGAGAAACCAUGUCGCUUUUCCACCUCUUCUGACCGACUUCACCACUCCGAAAUCUAUUCUACUUACCGACUGUUUCGUAUUUGCAAAGAAGAGUGUCUAUGGAGUUGGGUAUUGAUGAUGAGAAUGGGUCUAAACUCUUCAAAUGUGAUAAAAUACGCCUCUUUUCAGAAAAAAAAAUGAUGAAUUAGAAGAAUUGAGAACUUGUGAGGAAACAAAAAGAGAAUGACCGCAAAAGAUGAACAACACACCACCAAAUGCGAACAACUUGAACGACAACUACAAUCGGCAGUGACGGUUACAAACACUUUUAAAUAAUUGCAAAAGUAGCAGAUCAUAGAGUGUUUAUUUGUUUCUCACAGUUUUUAUUUUGAAUUAGGUUACUUUUCAUUUCCAU